CAGACGUAUCAAACAUGGCGAUCGGUCAAGAUGCACUCUGAUGUGUCUGUCGACAAUCCCAAAUUUAACAGGAUACUGGUCAUGACAGCGCGAAUAUUUGGACCACAGAAGUAGCUGGAGGCAAUCAGUAAACUCUGAAGGGACGCUAGACUACUGCAGGGACCAUGUUGGACCCAUCUUCGAGCGAAGAGGAGUCGGAAAAUGACACAUACGAGGAUGAAACGGAUGCGCUUUCCGUGCCGAGCCAGGCCGGGCUGCGAACGAGCGCGUCUAGCAAUGACAGCCUGCAGACCAGCAGCGGGGCUGUCCCCGGGGCUGGCGGCCAUCGGGCGUCUGUGGUACGGCCAGCAAGUCCCAGUCCAUCCUUGAUCAGUGAGAAAGAGCGGGAGGAAACGGAGAGGUUGCAGCGGGAGGAGGAAGAACACAAGAAGCGUCUCCAGCUGUAUGUGUUUGUCAUGCGAUGCAUUGCAUACCCGUUCAAUGCCAAGCAGCCGACCGAUAUGGCCCGGCGGCAGACCAAAGUCACCCGCCAGCAACUGACCACCAUCAAAGAACGAUUCCAGGCCUUCAUCAACGGAGAAACUCAAAUAGUGGCUGACGAAGCCUUCUGCAACGCCGUGCAGAACUAUUAUCAGGUGUUCCUAAAGAGUGACCGGGUCUUGAAGAUGGUUUUAAGUGGUGGAUGCUCGUCCCACGACUUUAGGGAAGUGUUCAAGAACAAUGUGGAAAAACGGGUCCGGAGUUUGCCCGAGAUUGACGGCUUGAGCAAGGAUACUGUGCUGAGUUCCUGGAUGGCCAAAUUUGAUGCCAUUUACCGAGGGGAAGAGGACCCACGGAAGCAGCCACAGAGGUUGUCCACGGCCGCCGCAUCAGAGCUCAUCCUCAGUAAGGAACAGUUGUACGAGAUGUUCCAGAACAUCCUUGGCAUCAAGAAGUUUGAGCACCAGUUGUUAUAUAAUGCGUGCCAGUUGGACAAUGCCGAUGAGCAGGCAGCGCAGAUUCGUAGGGAGCUGGACGGGAGACUGAAACAGGCUGAAGAAAUUGCAAGGACGAAGAAAGGUCCGCGGUUCAUUGUCAAAGAGAUGGAGAGCCUAUUUGUGGAGGAGCUGCGGUCGGCUGUCAACUUGCUCAUGGCCAAUCUGGAGAGCUUGCCAGUCUCCAAGGGCAACACCGACUCCAAGUAUUCACUGCAGAAACUCAAGAGAGCUCAGAAUACAGCAGUGUCCAUGAUGGAAGUAACUGAGGACUCAGAACCAACACUGUCUAAAUCGGAUGUUGUCCUUUCAUUCACCCUAGAGGUUCUUGUGAUGGAGGUACAGGGGUUGAAGUUCCUGGCACCAAACAGAAUCGUAUAUUGCACCAUGGAGGUGGACGGUGGGGAGAAAUUGCAGACAGACCAAGCCGAGGCCAGCAAACCUGCAUGGGACACUCAGGGUGACUUCUCAACAACACACCCCCUACCUGUUGUCAAGAUCAAACUGUACACAGAGAACACAGGAGUCCUCAGCAUAGACGACACCCUCCUUGGCAAGAUUGUUAUCCGGCCGACACCCAACAGUCCCAAGACACCAGAAUGGUACAAGAUGAACACGCCCAAGCAGUUUCAGGACCCAAUCAAGAUCAAGCUGGCUAUCCGCAUGGACAAGCCACAGAACAUGAAACAUUGCGGAUGGAUGUACUGCAUGGGAAAAACAGUCUGGAAGAAGUGGAAGAAGAGAUUCUUUGUGCUGGUCCAGGUGAGCCAGUACACAUUUGCCCUGUGCAGUUACCGCGAGAAGAAGGCAGACCCUAAUGAAAUGAUGCAGCUGGAUGGCUACACAGUCACCUACACCGACCCUGAACCAGAUCUGGAGAGUCAAGGUGGGCGAUUCUUCUUCAAAGCUCUGAAGGAAGGGGACGACAUUGUCCUGGCCUGUGACGAGGAGGUGGACCGGCAGCUGUGGGUGCAGGCCAUGUACCGGGCGACCGGCCAAACUCACAAGCCAGUGCCCCCGACUCAAAUAGCUGGUGGCAAGGGAGCCAAUGCCAUCAUCUCCAGACUGCAGGGAGAUGCUGACAGAGCUCGCAAGCAUGGCAUGGAUGAGUUCAUUCACAAGAGUCCCUGCGAUUUUGACCAUGCAGCACUGUUUGAGUUGCAACAAGAGCUGACGCUGGACCACCGACUUAAUGACUCCUACUCGUGCCUGGGAUGGUUCAGCCCCGGUCAGAUCUUUGUCUUGGACGAGUAUGCAGCCCGCUACGGCGUCCGUGGCUGCCAUCGUCACCUGUGCUACCUGAACAACCUGCUGGACCGGGCAGAGAAGGGAACCAUGAUCGACCCUACGCUCAUCCACUACAGCUUUGCCUUCUGUGCCUCACAUGUCCAUGGAAACAGGCCUGAUGGGAUUGGCACUGUCACCAUUGAGGAGAAGGAAAAAUUUGAUGAAAUCAAGGACCGCCUGCGAGGCCUGCUUGAACAUCAGAUCACCCAUUUCAGGUAUUGUUUUCCCUUUGGGAGACCAGAAGGCGCUCUGAAGGCUACACUGUCAUUACUGGAAAGGGUCUUGAUGAAAGACAUUGUGACCCCGGUGCCCCAGGAGGAGGUUCGUUAUACCAUCAAGAAAUGUCUGGAGAAUGCUGCUCUCGUCAAUUAUGAGCGAAUCUCCGCCUAUGCUAGGAUAGAAGAAGACGGUGAGGAGGGGCAUGUUCGCAAAGAAAGUCUAAACAGUGAGGAUCUGCCUCCAGAGAAGCGACUAGAAGACGUACUCCAUCUCGCCGAGCUAUGCAUUGAUGUCCUCCAGCAGAAUGAAGAGCAUCACGCAGAGCGCGACAAACACAAAGAGUCUCAGGCCUUUGCAUGGUUCAGCGAUUUACUGGUGGAGCAUGCUGAAAUCUUCUGGUCGCUGUUUGCUGUCGACAUGGACAGCGCCCUCGAGGUUCAGCCGCCUGACACCUGGGACAGUUUCCCAUUGUUUCAGCUACUCAACGACUACUUGCGCAUGGACACCAAUCUGAAUGGUGGUCGAUUCCACCAGCAUCUGCAGGACACGUUUGCCCCCCAGGUGAUUCGCUACGUGGACCUCAUGGAGUCCUCUAUCGCUCAGUCCAUCCACCGCGGAUUCGAGCGGGAAAAGUGGGAACCCAAGGGUAAUGGAACAGAAACCUCCGAGGACCUGUUUUGGAAGCUGGACGCCUUGCAGACGUUCAUCCGAGACUUGCACUGGCCCCAGGAGGAGUUUGCCAAGCACCUGGACCAUCGCCUGAAACUGAUGGCCGCUGACAUGAUUGAGUCUUGCGUCAACAGGACAAUGAAAGCAUUUGAGGUGUGGAUCAAGAAAGGUCGAAGUAACUCUGAUUAUCGUGUGCCCUCUGAGCUGUGUGUCAUGAUGAAUGUACUGACCGAUGCCAAGGUCCAGUCGUCAAAGCUCUGCCCCGUCUCUAAGGACCAGGAGAAUCACCAGUAUCACACCAAGAUUGACGAAGUUGUGAGCCGAGCAAGCGCCAACCUGAUACAGAGCCUAGUAAGCAAGCUACGGACUGUCCUGGAGAACAUGCUGUCCAAGCUGGCUCGCUAUGAUGAGGGCACAUUCAUGGCCUCCAUCCUGUCCUUCACGAAUCCAGGUUCUGAAGUAGCUGACGACUACGCUUCCUUUGUGAGCGAAAACCUGGAUGAGGUUCGAGAGUGCCUGCAUGAUGAGGAGUUCAUCUACUCCCUGUUUGAUGCUUUUUAUACGGCCAACAUGAAUCUGCUUUGUGACUGGCUGUCAGACCGUAUGGACCUGCAACUCCACGUGCAUCAGCUCAGCACCCUGCUACGGAUUACUAAUAAAAUGUACAAGGAUUUUGAGCUGCACGGCGUGUCCAGCAAGAGCUUGAACAGCAAGACGUACGAGGCGGUACGACACCGGCUGCAGGUGGAGGAGGCCACCGCCUCAGUCACCCACGGCAACCUGGCCUUGACCAACGGCAGCACGGAGGAUGAGGAAGAUGAGGAGGAGGAUUAAGGAGAACACUUUGAAGACAAAUACGACCACAACAAAAGCCACACCCAGCUAGGAGAUUGCCAGGAAGAGAUAAGCUACGUAUGUACGUGUGAAUCAAGUCAGACCUCACUGGCCUAAGUCUGUGAAAUUUGGGAUUGUGUACCAAGGCUUAAUUUGUUUGUUUGUGCUGGUCAUCACAGGCCAAUCACGGGUCACCACUUACAAGUCAUCUACUCUCAGAUGUUGUUGAAAUGAAGUGUCACAAAGACUUUCUUCUGAAGCAUCGGUCACUGUGAGGGGGAGCGUCUCAGAAACAUGUAACUGUCAUAACGUUCUCAGUGAAAUGGUGUAUACCUCCCUUCCGUUGGGAACAGUCAUUCACAAACACACUUCAUGCACAUUUCAGUUGGCCAUUCCAGCUGAUGAUGGUACGUAGACCAUCUCUGCUCGUUUCCAAGAGAAGAUGAAGUAAACAACAGGUAAACAGGGAAGUAAACUGCAGUGAUUGUGAACAUGAUUCCCUGUAACUUCUCAAUAUUAGCCUUGAUGAAUUCCCCGUUACACCGCUUCAUGAGAUUACCAGUGUGAACAUCAGUCACAAUACAGCACCCUUGUAAAUUUCUUACCAGCCAAAAUGAUAUGUGAUUAAAAGUAGUGUUUGUAAUAUGGGGAAUAUUCUGUUUAUGAACACAAUGUUUAGAAUAUCGCAACGUGUCACGUGUGAAAUGGAACUUUGCUGUAAUUUGGGCAAAAACAUUUGAACAUUCAAAGGAUCGCAGCAUUAUCAUAUUCCUUACCUAGAGAGAUUCACCCGCAGACCUCUGUGACUUGUGAGUUGACUUGUGAUGGGCGUGUGAUGUGACCAGAUUAUGUCUAUGGCUGACCAUUGGUUGAUUUUUGCCCUUCUAAGCGCAAGGCACUGCUCCGAUGGUUUUCCAUAGUGAUGAAAUUCCACUGUCUUUCUUGGAGGCUUUGUUAACAACACAGAACUAAACAUUCCAGCCAAUUUGUGGAAUAACUCCAGUUUCAAAUUCAACAUUUCCAAGUCUGGAGGUUUUUUGGUAAAUUCCUGAACAAAAGAGUUGAAUGUGGCCAAGGAAUGUACAAAACUUGGUCUUACACAAGGCUUGAAAAAUGUCAGAAUGAUUGUAAAUUUUUCUGAAGAUUCAUUCAGAAACCAAAUGAAUAAAACUACUGUAAUAAAGAAUGCUGCAUGAGAUGCAGUACUAAAUUUCCAGUACUGCAGAAAAUUUUUCAUUGCUAGUAGCAUUUUCGAAGUAGUAACAAUGUGCCCAAGUUAGUGACAGUACUUGCGUUGAACUCCUUAGUAGUAUUUGGAAUGUCAAAGUCCAUUAUGUGACCAGUUCUCACAAAAUGCCCAAGAAGAAUUGAUUUUGAAGAUCCUCAAAAGUAACGAGAUAGAGCAUUGCACUGCUUCCUAGCACUGCUGAAAUGACCUGGUGGUAUGCUUUGAAAAGUGGGAGAAUAAAAUGGCAACCGUCAGGGGUUUAUUGCAAAAUAUGAAAUACACAAAAGUUCUUCAGUUCGACUCGGCUCAUUCUGUAGGAACAGGUCACUUGGAGUGUGCUUCAGCAGCCAAUUUCACAAAACUCUUGCCAAUCCAAUUUGUGUCAAACUGUGAAAGUUGCACAGCAGGCGACAGCAUCUUCAAAGAAAUGAUUCAUGCAGUGUCUUUUCUUCAGGAGUUAACUGUAAAUUGUAACAUCCAUCAUUAGUCCACUGUGCAGCUGCAUGUGUGUUUGGUUAAUCUCUUAGCAUUGUGUAAGUGAUGUGAAACUGGCCGCUGAUAAACAUUUUGUGCAGGCGAACAGAACAAGUUAAAAAUGCAGCACCUAACAAAAGUCGCACCGGGCUACCGCCAAGCUGAACCCCUUCCCAAAUUGGCUAGAUAACCCCCCCGUAGAUCAGCCUCAAAAAGACAAGCCUAACCACAAGCAUGAACAGUGAAAAGUGGGUGUGACCUCUUCGUUAGCCCUGAAUCCAGGCUUGAACUCCUAGCUAGUCUUGAUUCCAGGCUGCAUGCACAACGGUUUCUCCUAAUUGCUAAAGUGUUACUCCUGAGAUAGCCUCCUCCUCAUCCCCCUCAUCCUCUGCUGCUGUUGCCAAGGCUAGGGAGAAUGCAAGACCUCUCCCCUUUGCCCCAACAAAAAGGAGACCAUUGUGUGUGCAGUCAUUGGAAUCACUGAAGAUUAAUUGUAAGGAUUUCAUUUUUUUCCUCUCAACACUAUUUCAAGCAUUUUAGAAAUCUCUGUUUUAUAAUUUGAUUUAAUUAUUCAGCAUUAUGAAAGAUAAAUUAAUACUCUUUGAGAAUGUUUUGCACAAUCAAAAACAUCAAAAGAAAUUGGACUAUCUUCCUUAAGCACGCAAUAUCACUUGGUACAGUUUUUGUAUGAAGCUGAGAAAGGGGACUCUUUGUCAAAAUAAUGACAUGGUAGGUUCUAAUUGGCACUCUCAUAACUUGGGCUCAGUGUAAGGAUUGGCUAAGCAGCCUGGAGCAUUAUUUGCUUUGCGAUCCUGUUGAGGCCCAGGUUGGAAACUUGGCCCAGGUGAAGACUUUGCCUGACUUUGUUGAAGUUGUGCCCGAAUGGAAAAUUAUGCCAAGUUCAAAAUUGAGCCCUGCCAAAAAUAUACGAUGGUAAAUAUGUUUCUCUGUUUGCCAAAAGUUGAUUAUUUGUUUACUUCCUGGAAAAAAAACUACAAGCCGUAAUCACUUCUUGGAGUUAUCAUUCCAUUGUGUUAAAUUAAUGUAGAUGCCAGAUUUGAUUAAGUUUUACCAAUCAUUGUAAAAGAUGUGUUCAUUUCAAAGCUGUUUACCGCUUCAGUGAGUGGGCUGUAGGUUAAGUUACAUGAGUUAUGGAAAGCAGUAGUUCAUGUUGGUUUAGUUGUAUCUAUAUCUGUGUUUAUAUUUUGUCUUCUUCUGAAGCUUAGCUAACUACAUGUAGUCUCAAGAGGAGUGUGCAAAGUGUAGUUUUUGUAAUGCAUAGGAUAUGUUUUCUUUAAACAGGAAUGACUGGGAUGAACUCACUUCCAUUGUCUAAUAACUUCCAGUAAAUUUGGUUUAGUUGGGUAUUUCUUAGAUUCCUAAUUCACUCGUAUAUUAAUAUUAUCCCGGAAGCUGGAUUUUCCCCUGCUAAGUUUACUAGUAACUUAUUGCUCUUCACAUUACAGAGUACCGGUGUAAUUAUGUGUAUGCAUUGUACAUAUUAUAUGUUGUCAUAUCAGCUGGUAACACGUCUAAACAUUUUGACCUUUGAUUCAUAAUUUUGGUUAAAGGCAUUCACCAAUGUAAAACACAAACAUUGGAACUUUGAAAAUCUGGAGUUCGCCUGUCCAUAUUUGACAUUUGUUGAGAACUUUAUCUAACUGCAACUACCAAAUUUAUUCAUUCUAAUAAUUUGGUCAUGAUUACGUAAAACAAAUUUACAUCAAUUUACUGUGGCAAUCAUUCAUGAAUAAAUAUAUAUUCACUGAGAUUAAUUUUCUUAAGAUUAAAUAACUUGUAGAAUUGAAGAGUAGAUAUGGCUGUAGAGGUCGAUUGCCUUUUAAUAUAAGAACUAGUGAAGUAAUUUUUUUACUUUGAUAUUUCAGUUACAUUUCUUCUACAGAGUAAGUGUUGCAUCUGUUUGAUCGCUAGCAUUUAUUUGGCUUUUAUUUGUGAACAGUAGAUCAUGUUGUUGAAAUAACUUGGUAUUUGGAAUGCUUAUCGUCAGUUCUAUUCAGGUUGUGCUUGGCUAAAACAAAAGAUUAACCUAUUUGAAAGCAAUUCCUAGGAUGUCUUUCUGAAGGAGAAGUUCUUCUUUGUCAGAAGUAAUUUUGAAAAUGCCCAAAUAUGAGCAUUUUCAAAUGAUUUGAAUGCGGUCCUUCAAGUACAUAUACAUGUAUCUUAUUUUGUGAUGAGAAUGCCACGGCAACAUUCCUGUGUGCCUCCUUUAGUUUGAAAGGGCAUGGUUGGAUUCGGAGGCCCUGUUUGAUCAACACUCACAUGAUAUCACUUAUGCUGCGUGCCCCCUCCUUCACUUCUUAAGUAGAGUUUAGUGUAGCUAUGAGCUUUCGCAUGCAUGUUAUUACACGGCUGUAUUGCAAUCAUACAUUUGCAGUUGAUGACACAAAACACAGUAAGGAGGGCCAGUCAUGUUAGCAGUGUAACUUCCUAUGGUUAUUAAUUUCUGCAAGUGUUUCAACAACCAGAAACAUUUUAUACUCGUGAAUCGGCAAUGAAGGCUAUAGUUUGCAUGAAACAUUAGAGCACCUCAUGGUUUUACAAAAGUUGUCACUUUUUUGGCAGUCGAAAAAAUGGACAGAACAAAAUUUAUGUCAAUUUUGACAUUAAAAUGGACUCUGGAAUUUUUUCUGUUCAAAACAGAAAUGACUCUCUGGUCUUAAUCCAGUUAUACCCCCCCACUGAUACACAGGAACAGGUUGUGACAUGCUCAGGCCAAAAGUGGCAAAAAAAUGUAAAAACCAUCAGGGAAACACUUCUAACAUGAACUUACUAGCCCCCUUUUCGGUGUUUUGUGCCUUAUUCGAUACUGGGGGACAAAUUUUGAAUAUGAAACAAAGUAUGUAGAUAUACUAUAAAGUACAGACUAUCCCUGGACAUGUACGUUUACUUUUGAUCAAAAUAUUGUGCAAUAAUAAAUAUAUAGCAACUGGGUUGAAACACAUCUAUACUUAUAUCUAGAGUCUAUUAGAUGAGUAUAUGAGGUUAUUUGCGUAAGAUCUAUUCAUAACGGAGUUAUUGCUAGCUUAUAUUUUAAGAAUUUUAAAAACAAAAACAUGGUAGAAUUUUAUGGGAUAUGUGUCCGGAAUGCGUAGGAAUCCUCCAUUUGUUUGUAUAAAUACUAGCCUUUUGUAGCUCAACAAAUGAUUGAUUCAAAGGAUGGACUGAACUGGAGUGUAUUUCUAGGAUGUGGAACCACGAAGGUGUCUUGUGCUGUUAUACCUGUAUAUAUCAAUGUAGGAAUUCAGUACCCUACAACGCCCUGAACAGAAAAGUAGGACAAACCCAAUUGAUACAUCUCGGUGACAUUGAAUUUCAUGACAUUAUUCCCAGGAAGGUUGCAGUGUGCAGUGAGGCACAAUUUUACCCACACGUUCCUCAAGACUUUUGGUUUUCCAGUGUUGAUUUGUGUAUCUUCACCGUCAUAGGUGUCUUGUAUCUUAAGGUUGACUUGAGAAGAGAAUGGCGGUGUGGAGAUUGUUUUUUUUAUAUAAAUUUGGGUAAUUGUGUUUGAGCGAGGGACAGCAAAAAUCCAGUGGUUGUCUGACAUUGCGCAAUACCUGAAGCCUGCUGUUUCUUGGAAGAAGAAUUUGUCCACAGGAACAGCAAACUUAAACUGUGCCUCUUCAACUGUGGUUGUAUACAUAUGCCUGACUUCUUUCAAAUGUUACACGUACUGUCAUCAGUGUAAAAUAUAAAAGAAAAAAUGUGGAAUUAGGAUGCAAAAAAAAUUGUUUUCUGCACACAGGCCAAUUUCAGUGAGCUGAUUAUGGAAAAAGCUUUGCUUUAUUUGUGUCAUGGAAAAGUCGUGCCAAAGUCAAAGCGCAUUCUCACGGCAGAGACACGUUGAUGCUUCCAUGCGGUCAGAGAUGUCUGUUGUUUGCUACUGUUCGAAGCCAAUUCUGCCUCUGAUGUUAUGUGUCCUGUCUACUGUGCUGUCGUCAUGAAAUGGACGAAGGUCUUGAUUGCAGAAAACUUUGCACUAAACAGCGGCAACAUGAAAUUGGCCUGAGCGAGGAUACUGCAGAACCUGGAUCUUGUGAGAGUUGGGAAGGGUUGUUUGUGGGAGACUUGAAGAGCCAAAGUAAAUACAUCAUGUCUUGUCACUUGCAGUGGUGAUGGCUUCUACACAAAACAUUACUAAACCAUUUCUCUGUGCUUUCACAAUGAGCGUUUCAGCUGACUAGUUAAAUGUGUAGAACAAACACCACGGCAAAUGUCAUGCUACAAUCAUCCACUUAUCAGCAGAUCAUAAAAUCUUUAAGUAGUCCCUUCGUAAAUUUCAUCUGGACAGAAACAAGUCUACCCACAAUGCCUUGACCAGUAUUCUCACAGUGGUCUAGGAUUUUGAAUACGAAUUUAUGGAGAUACAUUUGGAGAUUAUUCCUAUAAUUCCAAACAUCUUUUUCCAAAAUACAGUCCGAAUACUUUAUCCAAGCCUAUGCCUAGCUUUGGUGUUAUUUCAUACCAGUUCCAUUCUUUUGCCUAGCAGUUGGGUAGUGUCAUCUCCCCAGUAUUUUAAUAAAUGUCAAAACAAGUCAGUUGUUCAAUGUA